UCCACUCUUUUUUAUUCAAUUCUCUCUGUCACCAUGCGUUUUUCACUUGCUGCCGCGACGGUGUUUGCGUCACUGUUCAUUCCAACCAUUGCCAGCAGCUGCGAUGAAGGCCCCUUCAUCUCUACCUCUGCCGGGAUCCCACUAAGUGACAACCCUUCCGAACAAAUCUUCUGUUCUUCCAAAUGGUUGAAUGGGGAUGUCAUCACAGGGCUCCGCGUUUGGUGGGCCAAGUUCCAGAUCAAGGGAAUCCAAGUCCGCUAUGCCAGCAUCACCAGCGACGGCGAAUGGGGAGCUAUCCACGGUCAAACCACUGAAGACGUCGACGAUUAUGACGAAAAAACCUGGGACUCAAACACCGCCAUUGGUAUGAAGCUAUAUAACAACAAGCCUGAUGACGGCGACCCCAUGGAUGCCGUUGGACGCAUUGUUGUGACUAUACCAGGUCAAGAGGACUGGGUAGUAGGCGGUUCAAAGUACAACGAUGAUGAGAUAUACGUAAACGCUGGAAGCGGAAGGCUACUAGCAGUGCAAGGUGCCGCAGGCGGGAUGGUCACGUCCCUUUCAUUCAAAUUUCUCGAGUCUAGCAUCAUGAGUCUGGAGAUGACCGACAUCAGCUUCACGGAAGACCCCAUGAUAUGGUCUCAAGAGCACAAGGGGAUGAACCCACAGGUCGUCACUACUUCAAGCUGGUACAAAAACUUGAAUAAAGAGGGUGAACCUACCCUUCACGCCACCGACGGAAUUGCUAUCGACGAAAAAACUACCAAAGAACUUACAAAGUCAACUACCAACACCUUCGGAUCUGGAAUAACGGUCUCUAUUGGAGGGGGGGUCCACGUUCCGUUUCUUGUCGAUGCCGAAGCGGAAGUGGAGACUUCAAUCUCCUACUCCAUGGAAACAAUGGCGUCGGAAUCCGAAACCAAGGAACACGGAUGGAUAAAGACAGGGACCAUAAACGGAGAUGUCCCUCCCCAAAAAGCAUUUCGCUGCAAAUUUAUCGCCAUCGUGGGUACAUACGAUUCUCCAUUCGAAGCCAAUGUCACUGCCAAACUAGCCAACGGCGAAACUUUUGUGUACAAAAACUAUGGAAACUUCAAGUCUAUAGGAUAUGCAAACUUGCAGGACGAGUGUCAGCUUUUUGAUCUCGAGGACGUGCCCCCGCUCGAUCCGUCGGAAAUACUUAGUGAUGAUAGUGAUGAUAAGAACAAGCGAUCUACCCGCUUGACUCGUUUCAUUCACUGA